AUGGCUCACACGAAUGAUAACAUUGAUACAUAUGAUUAUAUUAUCAUUGGUGGUGGUACCAGCGGUGCAGUUGCAGCUCGACGUUUGGCAGAAGGAAAUACAGAUUUGAGUGUGUGUCUUCUCGAAGCUGGACCAAGUGAUGCAGAAAUAGUCGAUGGGCGUAUGAUUGGUCGUUGGCUUUUAAAUGGCGAUAGAUCAUACGACUGGAACUAUGAUACUAUUGCUCAGAAAGGUUGUAAUAAUCGUAUUAUGCAUGCUAUGCGCCCCCGUUAUCUCGGCGGAUGUAGUGCAACCAAUGGUACAUUGCUCAUCCGUGGUGCCAAAGCAGAUUAUGAUCGGAUUGCAGAUAUGGGAAAUCCUGGAUGGAGUUGGGAAGAAAUGUUGCCCUAUUUCAAGGCAUCUGAGACGUUUCAUCCCGCUGAAUGGCACCAAGCCGACUUGAAUGUCCAUGGCAAUAAUGGACCUCUGCACACUGAGCCUCGUCGUUUUGCACCUAUCUCUGAAAAAGUGCUUGACUCUUUUAUCGAUAGUGGCUUUAAAUACAAACCAGAUAUGUUUAUGCAGGGCGAUUUUGAAGGUGUUGGGCAUGCUAUACGUACAGUUUAUAAGGGUAUUCGAAGUACAAGUGCAGACUUUGUUCACUCUUAUGAAAAAACAAACCUUACAGUCCAAACAGGUGUCCAUGUCGAUCGUAUCAUUUUAGAAAAGAAUAAUGUAAACGAUAAAGACAGACGUGACUACAAGGCAGUCGGCGUGGAAGCACAUCAUGAUGCAAACGGUCAAUCGAUAAUUAUUAAAGCAAGAAAGGAAAUUAUUCUAAGUGCUGGUGCUUACAAUUCUCCAAUGGUCCUAAUGCAUUCCGGUAUUGGUCCAGCAGAGCAUCUGACCGAAAUAGGUAUCAGUUGUAAGGUGGACUUGCAAGGUGUAGGAAAAAAUCUUCAAGAUCAUACGAUUGUUUUUACAUCUUAUCAAGUAAACGAUCCAAGUCUGACGCUCGACCGGUUCAUUUACUACCACCCAGACGUCCUUGCAGCAUCCGUAAAACAAUGGCAUGAAACAAAAACAGGACCUUUAGGAGAAUUCUCGUUUGGCCCAUUCGCUCUGAAGCGAAUUGAUAAGACUAUUCAAGAUCCUGUAUGGGAAGCUGCAAAAUCUGAGAAGAAAACGGAUCAAUCAUCUGAUUACGAUCCGACAGGCCAAUGGCCGAAUCAACCUCAUAUCGAAUUCUGGACAUCAGAAAUGCUCCUCGGUGCUCCAAACUUCAUAGAUCCAGGUCAGUCGAUCGCAAUAAAAAAAGCCAUUAGUGCAGUUCCGUGCGAGGCUGAAAUGUAG